CGCCGCCGCACGCAUCACACCAGCUCGUUGCGAACCGAUACGACAGUCGUCCGGAAAGCACACACGCCGUCAGACGUCUCUUGAUGAUAGUAGAAACAAACAAAUUGUAACAUAAUAAUAAAAUUGUACGCGAUCGCGUGAAAACCGGCGGCCACAUAAUAACUGUUGUUGUAACAUCGCGAUAGGAGGAGGAGGAGGAGGAAUAAUUACAUUAUUUCAGCAUUAAUAUACAGAGUGGACACUUGACGGACACUGACGACGCCGGAAGACGAUGUGCGUGAACACAGUUGAACUAUUGUAGGAAGUGAUCGAUGUUAUAACGAUAAUAUCCCAACGCUCGGUAUAUGGAACCCGGAGUAUCGGGCCACCGAAGACAUUCCAAAACGUUUCAUUUGGCGGACAUGAGCGGUUGAACUUGGACACUUUUACAUAGUCACAAACACGCGCACACCUCCGGCGCGAAUAAAACACGUCUGCAAGAGGAGCAGCGAUAGCCGACUUCUCCGCACGAACUCGCUACAGAUAAUAAUAUGGCAGCUUUUCAAUGGAUAAUAGCCUUAACGGUGUUCCAACUGCUGACAAGCAGUUUUUGUCUGGAAAAUGGCUUAGCCAGGACACCUCCGAUGGGAUGGUUGGCGUGGGAGAGAUUUAGAUGCAAUACUGAUUGCAAAAACGAUCCUGACAACUGUAUAAGCGAGAAACUCUUUAGGACCAUGACAGACCUUGUGAUAUCCGAAGGGUACGCUGCUGCCGGUUACGAGUACAUAAACGUGGACGACUGUUGGUUGGACUUUGCAAGGUCGUACGAUGGUAGACUACAGCCCGAUGCCAAACGGUUCCCCAGAGGAAUGGCUGACCUAUCCGCAUACAUCCAUUCUAGAGGGCUGAAGUUCGGUAUCUACGAAGACUACGGUAACUUCACGUGUGCUGGCUACCCUGGAAUCUUAGGAUCUCUCGAGGUGGACGCAUUCACGUUCGCCGAAUGGAACGUGGAUUUCGUCAAACUGGAUGGAUGUUACUCACUGCCAAAAGACAUGGAUCAAGGUUACAGCGAAUUCGGCUACCACCUGAACAAAACUGGCAGGGCUAUGGUGUACUCGUGCAGUUGGCCGGUUUAUCAGACCUACGCUGGAUUACAACCCAACUAUUCCGCUAUUACAUCGAGGUGUAACCUAUGGAGAAACUUCGACGACAUUCAAGACUCGUGGGCUAGUGUGGAGAGCAUCAUCGACUACUACGGCGACAACCAAGACGUCAUUGCUGCCAAUGCAGCCCCCGGGCAUUGGAACGAUCCGGACAUGCUGAUCAUCGGAAACUUUGGUUUGAGUUACGAACAGAGCAAGGUGCAGAUGGCCAUAUGGGCCAUACUCGCCGCCCCGUUGCUCAUGUCGACCGAUUUGAGGACCAUCAGACCCGAGUACAAAGCGAUUUUACAAAACAAAAAAAUCAUAGCCAUCGAUCAAGAUAAAUUGGGAAUCCAAGGCCGCAGGAUUUACAAGCACAAAGGCAUCGAAAUAUGGGCUCGACCGGUAACCCCGAUUUUCGAAAACUACUUCUCGUACGCACUCGCCUUCGUCAACCGCAGAACUGACGGUACGCCGUCUGACGUGGCCGUGGCGUUGCACGAAAUGGGUCUGCUGUCACCCACAGGAUACAGAAUACAAGAUUUGUACGAAGAUGUCGACUACGGAGUACUGUCUCCACAAACAAAGAUCAAGGUCAAAGUGAAUCCCACCGGUGUUGUCAUAUUGAAAGCGGACGUCCAACAGAACCCGAUCAAACAAAACUUCUACAAACCUUACAACCCGUUCACGCAAGUCUAUCCGCUGAGGACGGCCAACGAUUUCGUGAAAAAAUGAAGCCCGAAUCAUCCCGACGAGACACGCUGAUUCAGCAAUAAUAUCAAAAACAAAACAAAAAAAUUAAAAUUAAAAAACAAAAACUGUAUCAUCGCUGACGUAAGAAUAAAACUACGAAAUGGAACGGAGUACACAAUUCAUCGGGCAACUCGCAGUUUUCAAACCGCUGAAAAUUGUCGCCGCUGUUGCGCACGUGUGUACAUGUUAAUAUAAUUUUAUUGUAAAAACGAAAAAAUAAAAAAUUAUAUAUAUUUA